AUGAAUGAAGGACUAACAGUGGAAUGUACAUUGGAGUCUCAUAAGCCUUCACGGGGCGUUUGGAACCCAAGGGCAAAUUUCAAAACUGAGGAACAAGAAAUUCAAGCUGCAAUUGAAGAAUCGUUGAAAACCAGUAAGUUUUCACCAACCCGUGGACUCCGUUCCCAGCAAUCACACUCAGAAGAUGAGGCUAACCCGUCGCCGUCAAUGUCUCCGCCUCCGCCUGGGCCAGCUCCUUCCCAUUCUCUUCCGUCCCGCCCAGAGCUUACUCAGGAUCAGCCAUGCACCUCUUCUCAAGAUGCUAUGGAUGAUUAUCAUCAAGGCUUUAGUGGCUUCCAAGAGCAUGUAGGUCCCUCAUCAAACCCAGGUAAAAGUUUUGAAACUGUAGUGCAAGAAAUCCAAGCUGCAAUUUUGGAGUCUUUGAAAGCCAAUCAGCCUUCACCUGCCCGUCAAAUCCAUUCCCAACAAUUAGAAUUGGGAAAUGAGGCUAUUUCUCCGCCGCCAAUUUCUCGCAGUAGUCGCGCUCCUUCCGGUUCCGGACCGGCUCCUUCCCAUCCGCCUCCGCUCCGCCCGCCUCUACCCCACCCAGAGCCCGCUCAGGAGCCACCUACCUCUACUCAAGAGCCUAUAGAUGAAUCUCAUAAAGAGACCGGUGGCACUGGCAUCCAAGAGCAUGUCGGUCUCCAAUCACACCCAAGUGCAAGUUUUGAUACUGAGCAACAAGAAAUGCAAGCUGUAAUUGAAGAAUCUUUGAAAACCAGCCAGCAUCCACCUCCAGUCGGCAAAGGACUCGUCUCCCAAGGACCAUCCUGCGUUGCAUCACUCACAGGAGAAGGAAAAGGAACAGAAGAGGAUUCUCGCGCAUCCAACGCCUCUCCUCCUCACUCACCACCUUCAGACAGACCUGGCCACAAGCCUUCAGUCGACUACAGUUCACAUCAGCCUUUGACAGACUAUCUGGAAGGGUCUAGUGGGCACACUUCAUCACGUCCAAUGAACAAAAACAAUGAAAAUUUAACAGAGGAUCAAGCUCUCUCUCAUCCAAAACAAGCCUCGACACAGGAGGUAUCCCAACUACCACCGCUUGAUAUGGCUAGAGGACAUGAUUCUGAGCCUCCAUGGGUUCCAUUGAUUAUAGGAUUACACAUUCUCUUGUUUUUUUGGAUCAAAGGGUUUUUCGGUUGAUC